AUGACCAACAUUCCACAAAUGACUGACGAAGCCCAUCACCCCCAAACCACCGACGAGGGCGGUGGAGUGAGCGGUGAAGUUACCUCUCCUGCCUCAUGGUACAUGAUCACCUACAGCAAUGCCUGGUUCCAGGUUGUCUUGAUCAGCUUUAUUUGCUUCUGCUGCCCUGGACAAUUGCGAGCUUACUCCUCCGAGAUGUAUAAUGCGCUCACUGGACUGGGUGGCUCGGGACAAGUGGACGAAACCGUUGUAGCAAACGCGAACUUGGUCCCCAUUUUCUCCAUCAUCGGCCCGCGUGCGUGCUGGUUCUUGGGUGGAUGGACAUAUGGCCUCUACAGUGCAAGUUUGCUGAACUUUAACAUUCGAAAUAAUGGCGGCUUCGUCAUCGCUGCUGGUGCGAUUCUCGGCGUCGGUGCCUCGUUCCUCUGGGUCGCGCAGGGAGCGAUCAUGACUUCCUACGUCUCCGAAUCUCAAAAGGGGCGAGCUAUCGCGGUCUUCUGGAUUAUCUUCAACCUUGGCGGUAUGAUCGGCUCGCUGCCCUUUUUCGACAAAAUUCGAACCAUCGCCAAAACACUCUUCACCUUCAAAAUCGUCUGCAUCCUCCCGCUCUUCUUCUGCGCCAACGUCUUCUACUCCUACCAACAAAACAACGUCAACGGCACUACCUUCAACAUCCGUACCCGCUCCCUCAACUCUGCCCUUUACUGGUUGGCUCAGAUGUUCGGAGGCCUCUUCAUGGGCGAGGCGCUCGACGUGCGCUUCCUUAACCGCCGCCAACGCGCCUGGGGGUUCCAGAAAUGGGAAGACAAGCGCCUGGCUCAGGGACUCAAGCAAGACAUCGACUACGCCAUGGACGCAGAUAUCGCCGUCGGCCCGAUAUUCCUGUACUUUUUCUACGGCGCGUACGACGCCUUGUGGCAGUCGUUCUGCUACUGGUUGAUCGGGACAAUGUCGAAUUCUGCCGCCAUCACGGCGGUGUUGGUCGGCGCGUACAAGACUUUUCAGGCUGCUGGCGGUGCGAUGGCAUGGAGGAUCAAUGCGCUGCAUAAGCCGCCGAUGACGCAGCUUGCUAUGGACUGGGGGUUGUGUAUUGGCGCCCUCGUGUUGGCGAUCCCGACGGUGUGGUCUGUUACCUUGACAAGUGUGGGCCAUGAAGCUGGCGGUGAGACAGACAUGAAAAAGGAAGUAGAGGGAACGGGGAAUAUCGCUGGUAAAUGAUAUCGGUACCAUAACCAAGAUAUUUGACGUGUGUGUCAAAGCAAACGACACUAAUGUUCCACCAUCGCGUGGAUAAUGUAUUCAGAAAACAAUUCCAACCAUCUACUCAUUUGUUCAGA